CGCGCAAGUUUACGUAUUGAUUUCUUGUCUGCUUCUCGCGGAGAGUGGGUUACUAUCAUGCUGCGAUGACCGAUGAUGGUGUAUAGAAAACAAAUAGAUUGGUGGUGUAGUUUGUGUUGAUUCCGGUGAAUAUUACUGCAAGCUUCCACAAUGAAGGACAGGCUUGCGGCCCUAAAAGCGGCCCACAGUGAUGAUGAUGAUGGUCCUGAUGAUGUCGCGGUUAAUGUUGACAACCGGGAGCUGUUUAUGGAUGAUUUCUUUGCAGAGGUUGAAGAAAUUAGAGAAAAUAUUGACAAAAUUCAAGCAAAUGUUGAUGAAGUCAAGAAGAAGCACAGUACAAUCUUGGCAUCACCCACCACAGAUGAAAAGGUCAAGCAAGAGUUGGAAGACCUGAUGGCAGACAUAAAGAAAACUGCCAACAGAGUCAGAGGGAAAUUAAAAAACAUCGAGAGGGGUAUCGAGGAGGAGGAGCACACAAACAAAUCAUCAGCCGACCUGCGGAUAAGGAAAACGCAGCAUGCCACCCUGUCGCGGAAGUUUGUCGAGGUGAUGACCGAGUACAACCGGACACAGACCGACUACCGAGAGCGGUGCAAGGGCCGCAUCAAACGACAGCUGGAGAUCACCGGCAAGGACACGACGGACAAAGAGCUGGAGGACAUGUUGGAACAGGGCAACCCGGCCGUCUUCACACAGGGGAUUAUCAUGGAUACGCAGCAGGCCAAGCAGACGCUGGCCGACAUCGAGGCACGCCACGCCGACAUCAUGAAGCUGGAGAACUCGAUCCGGGAGCUGCACGAUAUGUUUAUGGACAUGGCGAUGUUGGUGGAGAGCCAGGGCGAAAUGAUCGACCGCAUUGAGUAUCAUGUAGAUCAGUCGGUCGACUAUGUCGGCAAGGCGAUGGAGGACACGAAAAAGGCCCUCAAGUACCAGCGGGGCGCGCGAAGGAAAAAGAUAGCGAUCAUCAUUUGCUUGCUAAUUGUGCUGCUGAUAAUCGCCAUAGUGUUGAUAAUUCAGUUUGCGUAGAGCCAGCACCGCCGCCGCCGCCACAUCCGCCACGGGCUCGGCAGUGUGAGUGGACAGUGAAGCGGGCGCCGCCGGUCGGCCGUCCGCCGGACCAGGGCCGCCGGACCAGACUGAGACGCUGGGGCGCGAGCGACGCUGGCCGCGGGCGCACGCACCGCCGUUCGGCCGGCGCGCGUCGUUGAAAUUACUGCGUCCAAAGACAGGUGACUGCACUAUGAUCUAUGUAUUGUGAUACUCUGGGGGUGAUUUGAUGCAGUAGACGCUCCUUGUAAUUUCAUCUGUAUAUUCGCAUCCAUGUUUAGGUCGUGGGCCGCGGGGCGACGUGUAUUGCUUACCUAGCUAGUGGCGGUGGUGGUACCGGCCGGCGGCGGCUGUAGCGCGCCGCUCGGCCGACCGCGAGGCCUUCCGGGGUGGCCCUGCUGGCUUCCCCGGUCGACGGCCGCCCGCCCGCCCAGCCGGCCGGCCAGCACCGGCCUAUAUGCAUUCUGUCGGGGCGUUGGGUGCACGCGGCGUCGCGGAAGGUGCCGGUGCGGCGGGGCGCGCGGCUUCCACCCGGUAAUGGAGCGAGUUCACUGGGCGCCGGCGGACGUGGGAGGCGACAAGUGCCGUGUUCCGGUGUGCGGCGCCGGCUCCGUCUGCCGGUCACCGCCGGGGAGGGGGCGGGGGGCGGGGGCCGCCGCGUGUGGGAGGGUCGGCGCCGCUCCCGGAGCUCACGCGGCCGAUCGAUGCUCGUCGACGGACUGCGGAGCGGAGGGGGCGCGGCCGGGCGCCGCUCGCCGCCGGACCUGCCCACGGCACCGGCCGCCCCCGGCGCUGUCGCCCUGAAUACAACACGGCCGCCGGUAUUGCCUGCCGCUGCCGGCGCCGCGCUAUUUAUUCUGGAGCAUAUUGCGACUGGCGGCACGGCCAGCUGCCGUGUGUCGCACAUGGACGGCAGAACGGAGCCGACAGCCACCAUCCCUGGACCGGGAGACGCCAGUGGCCAAACUUGGCGGAUACCAGCCCAGACUGACCCCAACUGGAACAUGAAGCUGUCCACCGAACUACACAAUGCCUCGUCAGCGGGUUUGAGUUCCUUUAGGGAAGUCAGACAGUUCCAAAGUAAAAUCAUAGCACUUAGGCACGAGCUUGAUCGGCAUCGCUCGUCGAGCACUGCUGUCUUGUUACCAUAUCGUCUGCACGACCAAGUUGCAGCUAGUCUUCUUUUGACUUGCACUGCCAGACCUGUAGCCUGUACCAUGUCCUAGUACCCCGGCUAUUGUUCCUCAUCCGUCUUGUCCCCUCUCUCAUCCAUCCCAUUUCCCCGUUCUCUCCAUCCCGGUUUCUCCUUCCUCACCCAUCUUCCGUUCCUCACCCUUCUCCAAUUCCUUACACAUCCCACUCCCAUCCUCCCCAGAACAACAAGUGGUGCUACUGCUGCCUGGCCUCUGUCCUCGUCGCCGGCGUGCUCGCAGUCCUCUUCUUUAUCUUCACCGACAUCGACUUCUCAUCCGGCUGAGCGGAACGGUCGCCGCGUCUCUCUCGGUCGUCGCCUCUCAGCCACCGGCGGCGGAGAUCGCUCCCGUCACAGAUUGGGUGCUUUAUCGGACGUCCGGCGCUCGCAGCCGGACGCGUCCCGCGCCGGGACGGCCGCCCUCGGUCGCCGAUAGAGCCCCCGCCCCGCCCCCGCCCCCGCCUCCCCGUCUGUUUUCACACCCUCGAGCGACCUCUGAGGAGUGGCAGCAUGUUUUGCUGCCGUCUGCCGAUGGCGACCUUGUUUGUUGGUCGCGGUUAGGUGGUUUAACGUUACUGCCUCGCAUACGAAUUACCCGCCGGGAAUGAACGGAGCGGCGCAGAUAGCAUUGAUUCUGAAAGCGUCGCUCAUAUCUCUGGGAGGGCUAUUUUCACCCCGGGUUUAUUCAUGAGUGUGGGGCGGCGGGGAGUUCCGGUGGUGCCGGGCUCGGCGACCGGGCGGCGGGCGGGGCUGUGUCGCCCACUGGUGUCUGGACGGACCGCGCCGGGGCCGGUACAGUCUGGCUGCAGCCCCGGGGACGGGUGGGGGUCCGGGGCGCGCCCCAGAUGGCCAGACGGGCGGACCGCUGACCAACUGACCCGGUCCCGAGUCCGAACCAACCGGCCGACCGACAGACCCGGGGAGACACCAUGCCUUAACCGUUCAAGUAUUUCUGGAGCGUCCUGUCCGGGAAGGUGAAUUAAAUAGGUCAGCCAGCAGUAUACAUAUGGCGCGUCUGUGGGCCGGUGCGUUGUUGAACCUCGGUACUGUUCUAGAAUUACGUGACGUACAGAGGAGGAUCGUGCGAUUACUAUGAUGUGUGGAACCUGUAUCUUCUAUUGCGACGGAGUUCUGAUUCCGAUGGUACCUCUUACAUGAUUAUAUUUAUUUCGUAUAUUGUUUUGUUGGUUGUGUUGAUUAUAUCAUUGUAGCAUUGAUGACCGCACCAUCGGUAAUAUACAAUGUCAACUAGUAUACCAACACCAA